AUGGUUGUCAAGUUCGCUGCGAUCGCGACUGAUUUUUAUGACGACUACACAGUGUAUGAAUUUCGCCCAGCUGCUUUCUUGUUGGACAAAGUCCUGAUGAGGCUGCUUGACCUGCUUGGGUGGUCCUAUGCAAAGAGUGGGCGGAAAUUUGUUCCCUUUGACAACAAGGUGGUCUCCUUGGGUGUUUCUUUGGGCCUUGACGAGAUAUGGCAGGGCACUCUCAAGGUUGAGAACAAGGCUGGACGACUUGAGAAAAUUGCCGCACUCCUUCGUGCGGUAGCCCAGGGAGGAGCUGUGACGAGAAGUGAUGUGGCUUCGCUUCAUGGCUUGAUUAACUUCGCCGGGGGUCUGAUUAUGGGCUUCGAGCUUAAGCCAACUUCCCGGAUGCUGACACGGGCUUUGUCAGGGCCCUUCCUGGGCAACACGCCUGAGCUUCGGCAAGCUUGUGAGCUUGCUCUGGAUGUCAUCGCGCAGUGCAGGCCGAAGCGCUGCCCGGCUACGAUUCUGCCACCUGUAGUGCUCUACACGGAUGGGGCCUUCGAGAAAGGGCGAGGCACCUGGGGAGCGAUUCUUGUUGAUGCUUACACGAGCUCCCGAUGGGUUUUCGGGGGAGAAGUUUGCAAACCGCUGAUGGAUCACUGGGGCAGAGAGGCUGGCGCCCAAGUGAUUUGCCAGGUUGAAGCCUACGCUCUGGCGAUUACCUUGUUCGGGAUCCGCGGCCUCCUCAAAGGUCGCUCGGUCCUAGCUUGGAUCGACAACAAUGCAUGCCUUUAUGGAUUCGUGAAGCGAUACUCGCCUUCGGCUUCGCUGAUGCGCCUCAUCUCACUGGGGGCCUUGAUGGAGAGCUCCAUGGAGGCGCUUAUGUGGUUUGAGCGGGUUCCCUCAAAGAGUAACCCGGCGGACCUUCCGUCGCGGGGACUGUUUGCCCAGGCCUGUGAUCGGUUUCAAGCCAUAAACAAGGGGGACGUGGCAGCCACCGACACGAUGUUGGACUUCAUUCGUGCUCCCAAUUACGAGCCGAAGCUAGCCCAGGCGAUUCUUUCGUCGGCUAGGCUGGAAGCCGAUUGGGCUGCGGAAGCUAUGCAGUGA